AUGGUGAAUUUUACACAUGUCUCAGAAUUUGUUCUACUUGGAUUCCAAGGGGGCGCCGGAAUGCAGGCAGUGCUAUUUCUGAUUUUUCUUAUCCUCUAUGGCAUAGCUGUGGUGGGAAACCUUGGCAUGAUUGUAAUUAUCUGGGUAGAUGCACACCUCCACACCCCAAUGUAUGCCUUCCUGCAAAGCCUUUCAUUGUUGGACAUCUGCUAUUCUUCCACAAUUGCACCCAGGGCUCUGGUGAACUCCAUGCAAGAGAACCACACAAUUUCCUUUGGCGGAUGUGCUGCUCAGUUCUUUUUCCUGUCUCUCUUUGGUACCACAGAGGCUUUCCUCCUGGCUGCCAUGGCCUAUGACCGCUUCAUCGCCAUCUGCAACCCUCUUCUGUACUCUGUGAGCAUGUCUCACCGGGUCUGCAUGCUGUUAAUAUCAGGAUCCUACUUGUGGGGUGUAGUCAAUGCCAUUGCUCAAACAACCACGACCUUCAGGUUGCCUUUCUGUGGGUCCAAUGAGAUCAACGACUUUUUCUGUGAUGUCCCCCCACUCUUGUCCCUCUCAUGUUCAGAUACCUUUAUAAACCAACUGGUUCUUCUUGGUUUAUGUGGCUCCAUUAUUGUCAGUACCUUUUUGAUUGUCCUGGUCUCAUACAUUUACAUCAUCUCAACAAUUCUGAGGAUCCCCACCAUGCAGGGACGCCGGAAAGCCUUCUCCACUUGCGCUUCCCACCUAACAGGAGUGUGCUUGUUUUUUGGUACUGUUUUCUUCAUGUAUGCACAACCCAGUGCCAUCUUCUUCAUGGAGCAAAGUAAAAUAGUGUCCAUAUUCUACACUAUGGUCAUCCCCAUGCUGAAUCCCCUGAUAUACAGCCUGAGGAACAAAGAGGUCGAGCAGGCUCUGAGACGGAGCAUACAGAAGCUGUCUUUGUGA